AUGUCCAGUAUCGAUUCGUCUCAGGCAGCAAGCAACGGUGUUUCAGGCUUCUACUCCUAUACCGAUACGCUCAAAGGUGUUUACUAUGGUCCUGGGUGUGUGAAGACAGCUUUGCCUCAAUUGUUGGAGAUCAUUGGUGCAAAGAGAGCAUUGGUGGUGACGGGCAAGAGCUUGCACGAGAAGACCGAUGUCGUGCGCCGAGUAGAAGCUAUUCUGAAAGAGCACGACGCAUAUGGUGCUACAUUCCAUGAGAUCGGAGAGCAUUCGCCAAUAGCUGGUAUACGGGCUGGAAUACAAGCCUUCAAAAACGUCGGCGCGGAUGUCAUAGUCGCAGUAGGCGGAGGAUCGCCUGUUGAUGCUUCCAAAGCGAUGCUCUACUUCCUCCACGAGGAGGGUGGGCCUCAGCGCUAUCAGAUCGCGAUACCAACCACUCUUAGUGCAGCGGAGUAUUCAAUCGGAGCAGGCUAUACAAAUGAUGAGGGUGCCAAAGUCGCCGUAUCGUCUCAGGCCCUCGCGCCUGCUGGGAUCAUCUUGGAUGCAGAACUCACGUUAGCCACACCUGCUCGACUUUGGCCUCUGAUUCCGCAUCCUGUGAAGGUUCUCUGCUACUCAGCGAUGGCGGAUCUAUUCAAGUAUCUGCCCCUCUCAAGGGAUCAUCCGGAGAAUGUCGAGUAUCGGCAGUGGCUGCAGAUCGCAUCCUGGAUGAGUCUUUGGCCCACUAGGCUCCAGAAGUACAGUGCGUUAGGGCUCUCGCAUGCGUUAGGUCACAAACUUGGCGCUGCCUACAGCAUACCCCAUGGGAUCACAUCGUGCCUUACCCUCUCCCCGACAGUCAAGCUGAUGGCUGAAAUUGGGUCAGAAGUCGACAAACAAUACCUUGCCAAGACACUGUUCUAUCUUGAGUCGCCUUCCACCGGCUCAUUGAAUGGCGACGUUCAAAAGCUCUCAUCUCUAAUUCAGCAGCUCGUAAUAGAUUUGAGGCUUGAUUCUAACCUUGCAGAAUACAACGUUCCGACGGCGGACCUCCCUAAGGUCGCUGAACUGGCACUGGGCACUAAAGACAGCCCCAAUUUCCCCAAAGUUGUUGAUCUGCUCAAGUCUUUGUACCCCCCUGCGUGA